AUUGCGUGUAUGAGAGAUGGCAGAUACAGAAAACUUCUACUAAAGCUGCUGUGACUGCGCCUCCUGCCCAGAUGACGAGUGGACAAAGAAGCAUGAAAGGGGUGGUCUCUGACUGGUGCUGAGUUCUUUCAUGGAUCUGGGGGUCUGCAGUGCAGACAGAUUUACUAACUGAUAGGUGGUCGCGUUUUGUUUGGCGGGGCAGCUCUCUUGUAAAAAUAUUGCAGUGAAACCCUUAUAGUGCUUCCUCUUUACAGGACUGAGGGGAAGACAUGGCUUCCAUGUAGUCCAAGGCUGCAGAGGCUGCAGAGAGAGAAAGAAGGAGCCAUACCGAACAAGUAAUUACGAGGUGAUGAACUGGAGACAAGACAAAGUCUAGCAUUCCUCUACCUACAGCAUCUGUACCCAAGCUGCAAAGUCAGGAGAAAGGAGAACUGCGCAAGCCCUGAAGGAAGUUACCAAAGCCUUCCCCUUAUAUCUCUUUCCUUGAGCGCAGGAGGUACGCCACCCAGGAGACGCGUCUAAGCCGCUGUGGAAUGCGUCUGCCUGUGGUCAAGUGGAGUUAGGUAAAAGGGACCCUUCCGAAGACCUUGCUUCCUUGUGUUUUAUACAGUGGCCCUGCCUUUUCUUACGAUGACCACUGAACCACCGCAGCCACAGCUGGAGCCCCCAGCGACACUCAGAUCGAGUCCGACACCUGGAGCCCUGCAGUCUGUGCUGCUAAGCCAACAGUCCACAGCAAUGGACACGUCGGCGUCCUCGAAGGGCAAAAAGAACAGCUCUGGGCUGAGGCGCCCAGAGAAGCCUCCCUAUUCGUACAUUGCUCUCAUCGUGAUGGCCAUUCAAAGUUCUCCCACUAAACGGCUGACUCUGAGCGAGAUCUACCAGUUCCUCCAGGCCAGAUUCCCUUUCUUCAGGGGUUCAUACCAAGGCUGGAAAAAUUCCGUACGCCACAAUCUUUCCUUGAACGAGUGCUUUAUCAAGUUGCCCAAGGGGCUUGGCCGACCAGGAAAGGGACACUACUGGACUAUUGAUCCGGCGAGUGAAUUCAUGUUUGAAGAGGGCUCGUUUCGCAGGCGACCUCGAGGCUUCAGACGAAAGUGUCAGGCUCUGAAGCCCAUGUAUCGGAUGAUGAAUGGCAUCGGCUUUGGCACCUCCAUCAUACCCCAGAGUUUCGAUUUUCAGUCUCCUUCAGCCUCAUUAGCUUGCCACACAAAUGGGUACAAUCUGGAUAUGAUGAGUAGUUCCAUGGCGGGCACAUAUGAUGGACUUAGUAGUGGCCACCAUGGACUUAGCAGUGGCCACCACGUUCCCCACAUGUCUCCUAACCCUGGCUCUACUUAUAUGGCGAGCUGCCCCGUGUCUUCGAGUGGUGACUACGGUCCAGAUAGCAGUAGUAGUCCUGUACCUUCCUCUCCAGCCAUGGCUAGUGCCAUCGAGUGUCAUUCGCCCUAUACCAGCCCUCCAGCCCAUUGGACGUCCACUGGAGGUACUCCAUAUAUUAAACAACAGGCACUGACAGGUAAUAACCCAUCAUCGUCCAGCAUCCACUCCAGCAUGCCCUCCUAUUCAAUUGAGCAGCCGUACCUCCAUCAAAACACAAGGGAGCCACCAGACUUGCCAGUAGGUUUGCCUCGUUAUCAGCACCACGCUCCAUCUAUGUGCGACAGGAAGGAUUUUGUACUCAAUUUUAAUGGCAUCUCCUCCUUCCACCCUUCUGCCGGCGGAUCUUACUACCAUCAUCACCAUCAUCACCAUCAAAGUGUCUGCCAGGACAUCAAACCUUGUGUGAUGUGAUUCAGUGACUCAGAUAACUGACUCACUUGACUAGCUAUAGGGAGUUAAACCUGAAUGCCCACUUACAGCAGCAAGAACAGCAGGACCUGCCACCCCGGGGCAAGCAGAGAUUUGUAACAUUAUCUCCUCAAAAGAGAAGCAUCAUAGCCAUGGCAUCUAAUGGACUUAUUUCUCCUGAGUUUUGCGGUCCUAUAAUCUGGCCAUAUGGUUUGUGGUCAGCACUAGUUCUGGAACUAGUCAUUAGCGUUGCCUGCAUCAUGGCACUGGGAAGAUGUCCUACUAGAAAUCCGUAUUCCUGGACUACUAGCAGAUAUUAUAACAAUUAGCUGUGGCAAUAUUCGGAUCUGCUCUCCGAAAUGCUUUAGUCCAGUCUUACAACCCCUGAGGAUUAAUAUGAUCAGCUCUUUAUCUAUAUAAAUGCUGGAACUACUGAGGCUUCUGUGAAUAAAAUAAUCAUGGAAAAAUCAAGUUGAUCUUCAUUAUAAUUCUGGGACUAAUUCUUCCUGCUACUGGCCAGUGGACAUAAUGUACACGUGUACUUAGUUCUGCUAUCAGUAUUUUUGCCUGUGAGUAUCGGGUCAGUUGUACUGAAAAUCAGGGUCACUGUUUUGGAACUAAUCCGAUCUUCUGAGGGCCUAUGAACAAUCUCUGUUUUGACUGAAAAGUAUAAUUAUUAAAGCAGACAUGUUGGGACUAGUUGUGAUCCUGAAAAAUAAUAAUAAUAACACGGUGUUAGAACUUGCUCGUUAUCAAAACAUCAAAACAAAUAUCUUCCGGUCAACGUUAUACCCAGUAAACUCCAGUAAGGCGCAGUAGCAAACCAGUAACUAGAAGUCAGAUCAGUUAUGUCUGGUACUUAAUCGUGGAAAAUCAGAUUUGCAGUACUGUAAUGCAUUAUCGCUGCACUGGAGCUAUCAGAUGCGAUGGAAUGAAUGGAAUAUAGGGCUGGAGAUAAAGCGCGCAUAGUGACCCAACAAUACUGAUUCAUUUGUGCAUUUGACAAAAAAAUGACAUACUGACCCAACAAUAAUAAUUCAUAUUGUGAGUUUGCACUGUGUGAGGGAGUGUUUAAAAUGGUCGUCAUUCCUCAUUGUCGAAAUGUCUUUCCCAGUUUUACUGAACAAAUGCAAGGAAUCACAGUGAUUAAAAAAACAACUGAAACUAACCAUAGGCAAGGUUUCAUAUUAACUUCUGAUAAAAGUACAUUUUUCAGCCAUAUUUGUCCAGUUCAUAUUACAUUGUUAUAAGUUAGGAUAAAAGUGACUUUCUCCAGCCAUACUUGUCCAUUUCAUAUUUCAUUGAUAUAAAGCAUAUUAGUCUGUAACAGUAUUAACUAUACUUUUUUUAAGUAGAGUGCAUUUUCAGUUUCAUUCUUGUAUGAACAAGCCCACCUUUUUGUAUCAGCACACUUAACGCUUUUAUCUUGCAGUUUGGGUAUAUUUGCACUUAAGUACUAUUUUUGUCAAACUAUUUUGAUGUACAAAAUUGACAAUAAAUUUGUAUCUGAAAGUUAAAAGUUUUGUAUUCCCUUUCAGUUUAGUCUGUAGAUUAACGCUUGAGUGCUGUAUACUUACAUAGAUCUCUCCCCCCUCUCUCAACUGACCCGUUCUUACUUUCAGGCCUGAUUUAGGAGUCCUUAUUUUUGGAGAUGCACCCCUAUUUUCAGGCUUGAUUUAUGCCUUCGCACAAUUUUCUAAAUCCCUGUCAUCACUUGUGAUUUUGAAGCAAUCAUUAAAAAAAGAGGACACACAUUUUACAUCUCCCUUUUCAUAAAUAAAAAUAAAUGACUUUGUGUUGGUGGAAUGUUAUGGUACAGUUGAUUAAAGUACAGAUUUUAAACGGA